GAAACCAAUCAGAUAGAGAGCCCCGUCGGCUCGGGCUGCCUGCAUGCCGGAGUUAAAAAGUGCUGCUGGCCGAGCGGGAGACCCAGUGCGAGGCGGGGAGGCUGAGCGGUGGGAGAAGGGGCCGGGGAGCCGCGCCGCCGACCCGGGCGAGGCUCGGCCCCGCCGUCCCUGCGUGCCGAGCUCCUUUGAGACUACAAAGACUGUUUAAAGAAGGAAGACGGCAUGAGAUUGGAUUCAGUGCAGUAAAGUAGGUUAGUUUGAGGACAAGACAAAAAGUCAUUAUUUAGACCUUCUUGUGUUGCCAUGAUGAGAACUUACCAUUGCUUCUGGCUGCUGUUUUGGGCUAGUCAGCCCCACCAAAGCUUCUUAACUCCGUUAUCCAAAAGGACUAGUGGCUUUCCAGAAAAGGAAAAGGUUUUGGUAUUGUCUGGAAACAGCAGGCAAGACCUCCAUCGUUCCAAAAGGAGCUGGAUGUGGAAUCAGUUCUUUUUAUUGGAGGAAUACACAGGAACGGACUACCAAUACGUUGGCAAGCUGCAUUCAGACCAGGAUAAAGGAGAUGGAUCACUUAAAUACAUCCUUUCUGGAGAUGGAGCAGGAGACCUCUUCAUUAUCAACGAAAACACUGGUGACAUCCAGGCUACAAAGAGACUAGACAGGGAAGAAAAGCCUGUAUACAUACUCCGUGCCCAGGCUGUAAACAGAAGGACUGGAAGACCAGUGGAACCCGAAUCUGAGUUCAUCAUUAAGAUCCAUGAUAUCAAUGACAAUGAGCCAAUGUUUACAAAGGACGUUUACAAUGCCAGCAUUCCUGAAAUGUCAGAUGUUGGUACCUUUGUUGUGCAGGUCACUGCCACUGAUGCUGAUGAUCCUACAUAUGGGAACAGUGCUAAAGUUGUCUACAGCAUUCUCCAGGGACAACCAUAUUUCUCUGUCGAAUCUGAGACAGGCAUUAUUAAAACUGCUUUGCUAAACAUGGACCGUGAAAAUAGAGAGCAAUACCAAGUGGUCAUCCAGGCUAAAGACAUGGGAGGCCAGAUGGGCGGAUUGUCGGGAACCACCACCGUGAACAUCACAUUGACUGAUGUAAACGACAACCCACCUCGCUUCCCCCAGAGCACAUAUCAAUUCAGAGUUCCCGAGUCUAUGCCAUUAGACUCACCAGUUGGCAGGAUAAAAGCCAAUGAUGCUGACGUGGAUGAAAAUGCAGAGAUUGAAUACAGCAUCACUGAGGGGGACGGAUAUGACAUGUUUGGAAUUACCACAGACAAGGACACACAGGAAGGAAUUAUAACUGUGAAAAAGGCAUUGGAUUUUGAAAAUAAAAACUUGUAUAUUCUCAAAGUGGAAGCUGCCAAUACUCACGUGGACCCUCGAUUCCUGUACUUGGGACCAUUCAAGGACUCAGCUACAGUCAGAAUUCAGGUGGAGGAUGUAGAUGAACCCCCUGUGUUCAGCAGACCAGCAUACAUAAUGGAAGUGAAAGAAGACGUUCCAAUAAACAGUGUAAUAGGAACAGUAACUGCUCAGGAUCCAGAUGCUGCCAGGAACCCUGUGAAAUACUCUGUAGAUCGCCACACUGAUAUGGACAGAAUAUUCAACAUCAAUUCAGGAAAUGGUUCGAUAUUCACUUCAAAACCUCUUGACCGGGAAACACUGCUGUGGCACAAUAUUACAGUAAUAGCAGCAGAGAUCAACAACCCAAAACAAAGCAGCCGUGUUCCAGUGUUCAUUAAGGUUUUGGAUGUAAAUGACAACGCUCCAGAGUUUGCCAUGUUUUAUGAAACCUUCGUCUGUGAAAAUGCAAAAGCAGAACAGCUGAUACAAACAUUAAGUGCUGUUGAUAAAGACGACUCUUACAAUGGACAUCAGUUUUCAUUUUCCUUAGCUCCUGAGGCAGCCAGCAGCUCAAACUUCACACUACAGGACAACAGAGAUAACACAGCAGGGAUUUUCACCCGAAAAACCAGAUAUAACCGGCAUGAAACAAGUACCUACUUCUUACCAGUGGUAAUAUCAGACAAUGAUUACCCUAUCCAGAGCAGCACUGAAACAGUGACUAUUCGAGUAUGUGCUUGUGACCAUCGAGGCAAGAUGCUGUCCUGCAAUGCAGAAGCCUUGAUUCAUCCUACUGGUCUUAGCACUGGGGCUCUUAUUGCCAUUCUUCUCUGUAUCAUUAUAUUACUUGUUACAGUGGUGCUGUUUGCAGCACUGAGACGGCAGCGGAAAAAAGAGCCUUUGAUUAUUUCCAAAGAAGACAUCAGAGACAACAUUGUCAGUUAUAAUGAUGAAGGUGGUGGAGAGGAAGACACCCAGGCAUUUGAUAUUGGCACGCUGAGAAAUCCUGAAGCUAUAGAUGAUAAUAAAUUGCGCAGAGACAUUGUGCCCGAAACACUUUUUAUACCACGGCGGACUGCAACAGCGCGGGAUAACACGGAUGUCAGAGAUUUCAUUAACCAAAGGUUAAAGGAAAAUGAUACAGAUCCAACAGCCCCCCCGUAUGACUCGUUAGCAACCUACGCAUACGAAGGUAAUGGUUCUGUGGCCGAGUCCCUCAGCUCCUUGGAGUCAGUGACUACAGAUGGAGAUCAGGACUACGAUUACCUCAGUGACUGGGGACCUCGGUUUAAAAAGCUGGCAGAUAUGUAUGGCUCAAUGGACAGUGACAAAGACUCCUAAUAUGUUGCCUUUUUUUUUUUUUUUUCUUUUUGUUUCCUGUCCUCAUUUUCAGAAACAGCGUUGGGAUAUGUGAAGUGGCUAUUUCUUUCUAUUUCUCCACAGCUGUGUGAAAAGGGUUCUCUAUUCUACCCGUUUGAAUUGUCUAAUGACAGAAAUCUGUGUGGGUUAGCCAUCAGAAAACUUUUUCUAGUAUCAUUUUAUGAGCUUCCAAGAGGCAAAAUCCUUAUUUUUUAGUGCAUCCAGUUUACCAGGCUAGUCUUACAGGCACAGCAGUAGUGGAGGGGAAAGAAAGAAUCAGAUAAGGGGCAAUAUUUUUACUUGUUCUGCUUAUAUUGUAAAUUGGAGUAUAUUACUGUUUAAGCUCACUUGCUUUUUUACUUAUAUUUAGACUAUUCAGCUCAGACAAUUGCUCUGUCGAUUGUGUAUUGCACAUCCCAAUGUAAUGAGGUACCCUAGUUUACCCUAUGUAUUAUAGUUAAAAGUAGUGGUGAUGGAAUGAAGGUUUAUUAUACAAGUAGAGUAAGCUGAGAAAAAACAUCAAACAUGCAUUUUACUCAUGGAGAUGGUAAAAAAGGCUUAAUGGUCAUUUAAACCUAAGUGUUUCUCUAGAACUUGCCAUGUCCCCAAUGCACUGAAUCACACUGACACACACAUAUAUAUAGUUCAUUGACUUCUCUGUAUAUAUUCUUCUGACCUAGCAUUGCUGGAGAGAUGUGUGUGUGUUGCACGCGUGUGUGGUCAGUUGCCCCAAUAUCUACUUCUUAGAUGAAUUCCCAGUUCUAACCCAGACCUGCUUUGAAAUACAGGGAAAAUCAUCAAAUCCAGCCCCAGAUUAGGUCAUGACUUGGACAAAGGAACAGAUCAUUACUGUGCUUUUGUUUGGACUUCUUCAGUUGGCCUCCACCUGCACAUCAGUUCAGUGACGGUCACUGCACUGGGGAGGGUAGAGUCAGGAUGUUCAUGUCCAGCUACUUCUGCCUGUUGUCAUGUGCAGGUGGGGAGGAGUGGCCUCAAGGUGACUCUGCCACCCACUGGGGCAAACGGAGCAAUUGCAGAGGAGGACACACUGCUUUUUUUGUCCUCACCUUCUCUACCUGGAUGUCCAGGGUGGAUUCCUGACUUGACUCUCUGCCCAGUUUCGCUAUCUAUAAAAUGGGGAAAUAAUUCCUACCUCAUCAGGAUGUUGCAAGAACUAAGUAAGUCAUUUGGAAAAUGCUUUAGAAAUGGAAAACAUUCUACAGUUGGCAUUCUACUGAAGGAAGUAAAUUGUCAUGGGUUUGGAUUGUGGUUUUUUUUCUUCCUUCCAGAUUCAAGCCCUGAAUGCACAAAUAAGUGAGAAUUAAUUGUCAUUCCAGUGGCCUGAAAAAGUAGGGUUUAUAACUAUAACUCAUUUUUUUAAAAUAAACUACACAGCCAGGUUUGUUAAAGACUUCACCAAAAGGUAAAAUUUUAAUCAUAAGUGUCAUGUUAAAAUGGUCAGAAAGGAAGAAUUUUCAUGUUUUCAGAUUUGUACUCUAUGCUUUAGAGGGUACAGAAUAGUUCUGUGGUGAUUUAGUUUUAAAGGAUUGUCAGCAAAAAAGCUGUAAUUGUGUUGCCAGAAGGAUCAUAGGUAAAAUUGACUAGAUACCAUCAGGAUUUCAAUUUUUUUUUUUAAUAUAUAUUUUUUAAAUUAAUUGUAUUAUUCCGAGUCAUGUGUUGAAUUUUAAUAGGCAAGAUGUUUUCCCUUCACCUUUCUUUUGUGAUGGUAGUUGCUAUUGAUUGUAUCCAUCGGUGUGUCUGGAUACAUCUGAGAGUCAAAGAGACAUUGGUUUGGAAGACGCUAAAUGCAUCUGUGAUCAAUUGAUGAUUUUUUUUCUUUUUUUUUUUUAUCAAUUCCCUCUCAUUGAGAUAACAAGUUUGUUAAAGGCCAUUGAUUAGUUCCCAAAGCUAAAAGGGAAAAGUUGUAGAUGGUUGUUUUGAUUUACUUAGGUCAGCGGUAACUGUAACCAGUUUAUUAAUUAAUAUAUUAAUAUUUGAAAGCUCAUGUUAUUAGAACUUUCAAUCUUGUUAUAUUAAUUGCAUUCCACAUAUAAGGUUGUCAGGGAUAGUGUAAUUGCAGAAAUAUUAUUUUGUAUCAACAGCUUGGCUCAUUUAAGAAUUGAAAGGCCAAGCUCUCUUGAGAGUUGGGGUCUGUUUAAAGGUAUAUUUUAAAGUUAUGUUAGUAUUCAUGCUUUAAAAAGCAGGAAUAUCUUUUUUUUUUUUUUAGUAUAGUUUACAACAAUGUCUAACAUUGUUGUCAUGCAUUUAGAGCAUUAUUUUUAAUUUAGCGUCCUAUUGAGAUGAUGUUUUUGUUAAUUCCUUUUAGAAAGUGUUCAUUUCCAUUCUUCUUUGUGAUGGUCCAUUUCUGUUUAUAAAAAGUAGUUUAAGCAAAAGUAUAUGUAGAAGUACACAUUUUUUAUUUAUGACCACCCCGUCACACAUAUAUUUUAUAAAAUUAAAUGAUAAUUUUAUACCAUGUUUCUGUUAUAAAUAAGAUGCAAGCAUAGGUUGUGUUAAAGUAAAAUUGUUUUCCCCCUUUUUUUUAUUUCAGUGAGUAAAUCGCUCUUAUCACAUUCUUUUAACAAUAAUUGAUUAGCAUAAAAAAGAGAAGUACAAUAAAGUAAAAAGUACUUAGGAGAAUAUAAGUAUUUCUUAAAAAAUGGUUAUAGGUAUUUUUAAAUUUUAUUUUAUUUGCAGGUCUUGUUUGCAUUCUAGAGUUCUCUUUCCUUUUAGACAGGAAAAAGAAAUUAGUUAAAUCAUUUUAAUAAAUCUAAAGUCUCCUGCGGAAGAAUUGGAAAGUUAAUACAUAUUUAUAUAAUUUCAGAUAUGCAUAAAUCCUGGUAUCUACUUCCAAGUUGAAUUGGUUGAAUUUUUAAAUUUUUUUUUAAUUGAAAUAAAGUUAUAUAUUCAUAAGGUAAAAGUUUUUUCCACCCUAUUCUCUUAUUUAGUAAAGGGAAAAGAAGAGGCAAAGUGAACUAAUUAAAUUUUAAACUAACAAUACAUAAAAUGGUUUGGUUUAUAUAACUUGGUUAAUAGUUGGUCUUCCAACAAAUAGUUCUUGAUGAAAACACAAACAAAUUACAAGAAUUGAUAAACUAAUAAUCUAAGUAAUUUUUAAAAGUUUCAUCGGUCUCAGGCAGUUCUGAUUCACUCGUAUCUUGUUCCUAUAAAAAGAUAAGGUGAAAAUUCAACCUACUAUAAAUUAAUCAUAAAAAUAAAAAAACCAAAGGAAUAAUUCAUCAAGUGUUGACUUAGCUUCUGUGUAUUACAAAAGUUAAAAGAAUUUAAGAGAAGUUUGAUGGCAGUCUCUUCUGUGUGUGCUGCAUUCCUAGAGAAAGAGGAAAACAAAAAAAAACCCACAAAAGUCCCUAAGGCCUUUCUCUUACAGGUUAUCACUUAGUGAGUCAAGUUGUUUAACACAGUGGUUAAAAGUCAAGCACUGAUAUUUAAUUGUUUACGAUAAACCAGCUAGGUAAGAGAAACAAAGAGGAAGUGUAAGAUCACAUCAUUUUUGCUCAAGUACGCUUUCUUCUUUUUAUGCGUAUUCCUGUGAAACAAGCAAAAAAAAGAAAUAUGCUUGUUCACUCUUGAACUAGAGAGGCUGAUUAGAGAGAGGUGUUUAAGAUUCAAAAAAGAUUUCAACUUCUGCUUCACAAAGUAUUUGCCACUUAGUUUUUACAGUUUGUCUCCAAGUUUAGGGGUGGAUCUCCUCUUUGAUCAGAGCAAGUGAGACUGCUUAUAAAAAUUUGACAAGAGUCACUAUUUGAGCUGGAUUUCUUUUAGGGUUUUUUGCAAGCUUCUGCCUCUCGCUCUGGAGCCAUGAGUUAACUUAUCCGUUCAAUAGGUAACACUCAUUCCGUUUACUCCAGUGGCUGGAUGCUGUCUAGAAAGUGGAUGCAGCUUCUUAGCAUCCCACUGCGUUAGUAUUGACUGUAUUUCAAUCCUGCUUGAUUUAUGGUCAGAUUUUGAUAGUUUAAUAGCAGUCAAAAAUUAGUAUGUAAUCUUUUGCAGCAAAAGAUAAUGCACAAUUUUCUCUUUACAGUUUUCCCUGGACAGACAGGAAAAUUAACAAAGCCUGAGUGAUAACUUUUUUUUUUUUUUUGAUAGUUACUACCCUGUGAAUACCUAAGUAGGCUUGGUGUACUUUAGUUGUUCAGUUCACGAUAUUAAGCACAGCAGAUGCUAGUAGAAAUGUGUUGGCAUACAAGUGCCUAUAAUAAAGAGUUAAUAUUAAUUGGUUUUCUGAGUUAGUAUCAACUACUAAAAUUCUCUUUCACCCUGCAGAUGCCAGAGUUUUUAAUCGCAAGGCUAGCAGCAAACAACUGUUUAUUUCAGUGGAUUUUAGUAGCUUGGCAAACACUAACUUUAGUGAGUUCAACACUUUGUAGCUUUUCUUUAAUGUAUGCACAUUCCACAGUUCUUUUUGAUUGCGUUUAACAGCAAGUAGUUUUGAUGGCAAUUUUUUUUCUUUUUAGCAUAUAACACCUCUUUUACCUGCAGCUCUUUUUGUUCGAAGCGUGCUGUAGUAAGUGAAAAUUUAAGGUUGUUUGCUUCAGUUCUAAACAACUUGUUUUUAGCAACAAGUUCAGAAACUGGAGUUUUCAAUUGUUCUUCUCUUUCCCCUCUUAUAGGAUAAAUAACUUUAAUACUUUAUUUUCUGAUUUCAAAACCACAUAUUCAGCAUCACUAAUCUGUUUGGAAGCGGGUAAAUUUUUAUAUUUUUCUUGUGCACGAAACACACUUUGUUGUUUGAAUUGUAAUUCCAGUUUCUCUAUAUUUUCCUGCACUUUUGCCACCUCUAUUGGAGAGCAGGAAUCGUUUUGCAAAACAGUACAUUUGUUUUCGUUAGAAUUACAGUUUUCUGUGGUUUUAUCAUAGCAGAUAUCUCCUUUCCAGAUUCCCAUAUCUGGAUGAGUUACUGACUUUUGGGGCUGUUUGACUCCAACAGGAGUUUGUUUUUCCAGCAGUUGUUUCUCUUUGUGGUUUGCGAGCAGGGUUUUAAGGUGGUCCAUGCAUUUCAGAACUUUUCCUUUAGCUUUUCUAAACAUUUCAGUGCACUCUUCCUCCACUUGGGAAGAGGUAAAUAUGCAUUUUUGCAGAAGAAUGUUCAUGACACCCUUUCUUGGUAUCAUUUUCUGUCAUGUUAAGAGGGGCAAAGAAGAAGAAUUUUCUCUCCAACCUGUAGUAAUUUAUUUUUUGCCAAUCAGUGUCCCUCCUCCAGGAGAUCAAAGCCUUUUAAUGUCCAAAACAGCCUGGUAGUGUCUCAUCUAAUGAAAACCUUCACUAAUAGAUUUGCUGAGAUGGACAGGACAUUUGAUACCUUUCAUAAAUAGGCACUGCACUUAAUAGCGGCAGAAAACCCUCUCAGCAGGUUUCCCCUAUGAGUUAUUUCACCAUUGAUGAAACUGUCAGCAUCUAAGAACGGACUCACUCUAACAGUUCAUGAAAUAACACAUUUCUUAAUGCAAAUUUGUGACAAUUUAUGGGGUUCGCUGUGUCUGGAAUAGGGUCAUACUGCAAAAAACCACACUUAAACUAUGUAGUAAUAAUAAUAAUACAAAGCAUGAGGCACACACACUAAAGUAAAAGCAACUUACGUACAACUAAGUAAGACAACUUACAAAGACUAAGUAAAGCAAAAAACUUAAGUACACACUAUAAAGCAAAAGCAACAUACAACAAAAUAAUAAGGAAAAAUUUAAAUUACUAUGGAGCAAAAGUAAAAUUAGUAUAUAUGUAUAAAGCAAUCGCUGACCCCAAGGUGUCACAAGAAGGUGGAGGAAGAAAAGGUAGCCCAUAGGUUACCUCCUCAGAGUUGAUGGAACUUCUCCCCAAUUUUUGCUUGGGUCCAGUCUUUUUUUAUACCUUAUUUCUUUUGGAAGUUUGAGUGGUUAUAGUCAGUAAACUAAUUUUGGGGUGAUAGAUGAAAUAGGCCCAAGGGUCCACUUCCUCAGUUCCCAGUAAGCCAGGAUGUCCCAAAAAAAGGCAGUGUUAUCUCCUUAACACUCCUUUCUUCAUUUUAUUCCUUUUAUCAGUUUCUGGGAAUGUCUCCCCUGGUGCCGGAGUUUUCCAGGAAUCUAUAGGAAGGUUUUUUUCCUUCUUUUGUGUGACCUUAUGUAUCACCUUACCACAAGUCUCGGUGUGUGUGUUUAUCUACUUUGCCAAGCUAAGUAAUCUUUGUCCAGGGGUGGGGUGGGAGGAGACACCAUAAUUUUGGGCCAAAACUGUUUUUCAUUAUAGUUUGAGCACCACUCAGUAUUUCAGUAGGUUUGUCAAAUGUGUAAUGGCUGCUCUUCAAAUUCAGCCAUCUAGAAGAGACUGUCUGGAGAAAAUCCUGAGGGGCUGCCAUGGGGCAUAUCCAAUUUCCAGGAGCUAAAAGCCAUCCUGAGUCCCAAAGUAGGAACCAACCCAUGGCUCUAUGUCAAGGAAAGAAGGAAUUAAUUUUUUUUUAAUGUACCUCAUACAUAACUAUUCUCAUUUGUUUCAUUUUGAAACAGUAUUUAAUACCAUAAUUGUAGGAAUGGACCUAUUCCCCCUUCCCCAGACCUUAAGUGAAUCAGUCGGAAAACUAAACAGCUCCAAUUUACUCCAGAAAUAAAGAGAGAUGAGGAAAAAAAGUUAAUAAACAGAAAAUUAAGAGGGAUUAAAAAUUAAUCCCUGGGAUUCAUUACUCCAAGUGAGUUGAAGAGAGCAGUUAAGAGUCCCAAGCAUUAGACUUUUACAACCACAAUGACAUAAUUUCAGGUUUUGCAAGCCAGCUCACAUGGAAGAGGAUGAGCUGGCCAUGCCGCGAUGCCUGGCUGGGACUCCUUUUCAGUGGGGAGCACUGCACACCUAUAGGUGUAGGGCAGAGUAGGUAAUGGUUUUCAGAUGCCCAGCAUGAUCGACUGUGUGGGUUUACAGAGCAGAGGAGUCCAGAGUUUCCAAGGGUCCUGAGCCCCCAGCCUCCCUGGGGCAGCCUCUCACACUGUUUUAAGGUCAGCAGAGCACAGUUCCCAACUCCAUCACUUAGAGGGCCUGAGCCCAUUGCACCCAUCAUGAUGGGUGCAGCACAGCUAGAUGCUUAUUAUGUCCUCCUGAGGGCCCCUAAGUAAUUUAAGAUGAUAAAAGCCUUUGAAAGCCUAGCCCUUCAUGGUUUCCUUGAAAUCAGAGCUUCUAGGAAGCAAUCUGUCCAAAAGCUGGCUCUGGCAGACAGGAGAGACCAUCUGGAUUUCAGAUAUGCGGAGGAGCAGCAGAUGCUCAGCACCACCUGCCACAAGUCCCUCACUUCUGGCUGCUCCCCUCGUACAGUCACUGGGGCCAAUCUAUCCCUCCAGGGGUUCCUAAACCUGCGCCUCUCUCAUCCUUCACUAUGGGGUUGCCUCCAGCGAAUAACCUCAAGCUCAGAUUGCAGCUGGAUGCUCAAAGCGAGCCAGUGAACUGUCCUUUCCUCUCCUUAAGCCCUGAGGAAACAGAUUUAUGUGUGGAGGGGAUGGCAGAGGUGGCUGUGAAACUGCCCUGUGAGACACCCCCAGCUCACUGGGAAGAGGGAAUCACUGGCACUUUACUGAAGCCAGACCCUGCACCCUGAAGGGGCUGGACCACCCUGUGGGUCAGCCUGCAUUGGUCGCUUCUUGGGGUGGGAUAAUGAGACAGGAGGGUAACUUGUAACUACUUUCCUAUGUUUGUACAGUGAUUUUGUCUGAUUUCGUGAUUGUUAGUAGCAGUCCAAGCACAAGUUUUGGAUUGGUUUGAUUUCUUUCCUUUUAACUCAAAGCUGUUUUUUUCUUGUCCAUUGAGUGACACAGUAAAUAAUAGAGAGUGGCUACUCGUGCCUGUUAUGUAAAUAUAUUAUAUAUAUAAAAUUAUGUUAUGUCACCACAAAUAUGGUGCCUGAAUAGAAAAUGCAUUCUUCUAAGAAAAUUUGAGGCAAACUUACAUCCAGAUUAUCAUUUAUGCAUCUAGGUUUUAAGGUCUAUUUUUUCCUGCAAAUUACACAAAUUUAGCAUCUCUCACACAGCAAGAAGAGUUCAAUUCUUCCUUUUCUUCUUGCUUGGCAGUACCACAAAGUGCAAUUUAUAAAAUCAGUACUGCAUAUUAAACAUUGAAAGUGCCAUAUUACAGUGAAUACAAAACUUUUCAGUAGUAUUUCUUUGCACUUUAUUGCAUGGCAGCGUGCUAGAUGAUAGAAAUAAGUAUUUAACAAUGCUUUCACACAGUGCUACAGUUGUCAUUUACAGAUAAACAAGUGUUGGACUACGGGCUAUGAAGUGGGUUUCAAGGCUGUUUUAAGCCUGCUCUUCUUACAACCAUGCCUAUUUAAGAAGAAGUAAUAUUAUUAGGAAGUUCAGCUAAGCCAGGUAGAGAGAUAGCAACACAGUUGGCUUUUAAUUUGGAAAAGCAUCUGACCUAACAGCAGGAGACCUAUUAAAAAGAUGCCAAGGAAUUCAGUGGAGUCAAGAUGAAACAGGGACCGGGGGGACUAUUCCAGCUGUGCUACUGCAGAACAGUAGUAUCUCUACAUUUGGAAUAAUGUUUCUACUAUAGCUAUUUCAUGCCAUCUUCCAGAAGAGUCACUUUAUCUCAGAAAAUGGGGGGGGGGGAGGGACACGUGGUGUUUUUGUUUUGUGUUUGUUUGGGGUUUUUUUACUCCAGUAAAAUGAUUAUUUCAGGUUAAAUCCAGUUAUAUCCUACAACAGCACUGGUAUGGGAAGACACAGCAGCCCAUGACUCCAAUACAGUUGUACCAGGACCUCUCUCUGUAGACAAGUGCGUGGAAGAUGAGGCAGACACUUGCAGAAAGCUCUGCACAAGGGAAUUUGUGUGUUUCUACAGGGCUCUACCAACAGGAUCACAGGACUGGGAUGUAUUCCCAAAACUGACAUAGAUAGAGUUGUGUCUAACUGUGAGAAAAAGUUGUCUCUAUUUUUCAGUUAUUUCUAGUAAAAAAAUUGCUGGCUAAGGUACCUAGUAGAAAAAGAACACUUCACCUGUACCGACACCAAUAUUUUCUAAAUUUUUCCUAAGCAAAAGAUAUAUUUUUCUGGUCUUAAUUCAUUCUAAAGACAGGUAUUUCUUAGCUGUUAAAUGUGAAUGGGAGAGGCAACCUUCAAAUAAUCAAUCCACUUUUGGAAGUAGCAGGAUACAUAACAUCACAAAAAUCCCACAAAACCAAGUAACUGAAUAUCUGCAGUACCAUAAAAAACCAGAACAGUCAUAAAGAAGUAGAGCAGAAAGAAAUUGCUUUAGAAAUAUAUGUCUACACAUGUACAGUAUGAUUAAAAAGAAGGGAAAUAACAUUGGAAGCUGCCCAUGUUUCAGAAUUAGAAUUAUCCAUGUUGAGCAGAACCAACACUACACAGUCACUUUUAACACUUUCAGGUUUCCUACUGCAGCCAGAGGGAGAUUUGCAUGGGUAGGAAGAAAGACAUCAACUUUUGCAGACCAAGCAAAUUAAAUCCAAGCCAUUUCUAUGCAGAUCUUUAGGAAAGAAAGUAACAUGUUACAUUUCUGCAGCAGAACUAGCUUGAUGCAGGGUGAAUUACUGACAGUCAUUCUAAGCAGUAACUUUUUGCACUGUGUUAGCUCUACUUGCCACCAUCUGUUAGAAUCCUCUCCAUGUUUUCUUUGGCUAUAAGUAGUAUUAAAAUUUUUCAGAAGAACCAUUGUCCCAAUUGGAUGCUGCCAUCCCCUGUCCAUUUGCAUUUCAAUUAACUCUGCAGUCUGAGCUCCCUUGUCAAAUGAGAGUUGACAAAUUAACAGUCAUUACACUACUUCCAAUGAAUAUGAACUAUGACAUAAGCUGUGAAAGGCAGGUUUUCUUCCAGCCCUUCAGACCUGUGAAACAGCAGCCUCCUUCAAUAAAUGUCAAAACCACAAUACGUUUGUUUUUUUUGUUUUCAGUUUAGUCUUCAGAAAGACUUUUUCUCAGAUAUUCUUUCUGUACUUUAAGAGGAACAAAAGCAUAUUUAAUGUCUACAGACUCAUGCAUUGAUCCAGAAAGAAAGAAAAAAACACAACAGCCAACGCAAUGCUUUAAUACCAGUCUCUCCUCUCAGUUGUUUUAUUUAAGCCAGCUGAAACAAUCUUGAUCCUGCCCAUCAUUUUGCAAUAUUACACUUUCGAACCCAAAACUCUGUUUGUCAUACACUAAACACUUUCCUGAACUGUUCAUGAAAUUCAUUGGUAGGUAUCCAAAAGCUAUGGCUGGGAUUACAGGGAGCACAAGUGUCAGAGAACUUGGGAGUUUGAGGAAGAAGAACAGAAAGUGAAUUGCAUAGGAGGGUGGGGGGAGGUAAUUAGUCAUAUGCAAGGCAGGCCGUGGCACUUAAAGCCACAAAGCUAUCACGGAUAGAGUUACUGGAUUUCAAAGGAGUUUUUUACAGAACCUGUCCUUAGGGACAUUUUUUUCUGCAUGUAUCUUUUGCUUUCUUUAAAAAUAAAUUACAAAAAAAAAGAAAGAAGGGGAAAAAAAAGGGGGGAAAAAAAGCCAAAAAAGGAGCUGCUAUCUUUAAAUUUCUCCGUCCCCAAAGUCAAUUUGAUAGAUAAGGCAUAAGUCCAGCAUAUAGAGAAAUCCUUUCUACUCCCAUGGGCUUUUGACCUUUCCUAUGAGACUGCACUAUUUAUGUAAAUAUACUUGGAGACACUUUCUAUAAGCUUUUAGUUUUCUAUGAUCUACCACUUUAGUGUAUAUUAGAGAUAUAAAUGUAUAGAAUUAUUAAGCAUUCAGGUGAACACAACAAAGAAACAACACAGCAAACACAAAAUUGUUCUGGAUUUUGACACAUAAAAAACUUUAAAAUCACUGUACUGUUUUAAUUCUGUGAUUACUUUCAUUGCUUUGAAAAAUUAAACUUAAAAGAAAGGCCUUAUAAUAAAUGCUAUGUGCAUCUGAACUGUGUUACUAAGCAAAAUCAAUCUGGCAAACUCCUAUUGAGAUUUGUGAUUUUUUAAACCCUUUAAAAUAAAUGCUUUUUGGUAUUGAUUUUUUUUAAUUAAAAAUACUUCCAAGCAUAAAUUGAAACCAAUGCCUCCACCUGGGAAGAUUUACUUGCUGGCAUGCUCCAGCCACUUAGUCUCUCAUGAUGUCAUCCCCUAGUUGUGCCAAGGGAGCCUCAGCAUUGGAUGGAUCUGGUCAAUGCUCAGCAGAGAGGGACUUGUGGGCGAUAAUAUUUUUGUCGCCCAAGAGAUUUACACUUAGGAACUUACCUGUUUUGCAAAGGGACCCAUGCUGGAAUGAUUAUCUCUUCUGCAGUGUGAAUGGGCAAUUUGUUAUGGUCAGACGGAAAGUGUGCACUCUCUCUCUUACAUUUCCUGUUCAUUGUACUGGCUUCUUUUUGGGGGGUUGGGGGGCAGGGGAAAUGAAAUUUAAAGAUUUGAUGAGAAACCAGUUUGAACAACAAUUUCUCACAGACAGAGCGAACUUGCCUUUUUGCAAAUUGAUUUUUGUAACGAGUUAUUUAUAUGAUACUACUUAAUAAAUUGUUUUUUCUAA